AUGGGUAUCGCCGUCGGUGCCGUUGGUGCUUCCAACACAAAACGUGACCUGGCUGUCGCCCAGGCCGAGGCCCCUGAUUUGGCCAAGGUGAAAUGGUGGACAGACCCUGGAAUGCGCGUGCUGUAUUUCUAUGCCGGCAUUCUCUGCGUCUGUUCAGCUACCACUGGUUACGAUGGUUCCAUGCUUAACUCCUCACAAGUCAUGGAAGAAUGGCAGAACUACUUUGGUCACCCCGAGGGCUCCAAGCUUGGUAUCCUGAACUCCAUCUACCAGAUUGGCAGUAUCGCCAGUUUUCCCUUCGCGCCCCUCAUGGCGGAUUACUUCGGCCGAAAGAUCCCAAUUGCCGCCGGUUGUCUUAUCAUGAUUCUCGGUGCCUUCCUCAGUGCCUUCACCAAUGGAUUUGGCAUGUACCUUGCUGGUCGUUUCAUCGUCGGCUUCGGCAACUCCCUAGCUCAGCUGUCCUGCCCUGUCCUGCUGACUGAGAUUUGCCAUCCUCAGCACCGUGGCAUCGUCACUGCCAUCUACAACUGUCUCUGGAACCUAGGUGCCUGUAUCGUCUCCUUCAUUGCCCUAGGCACCAUCAACAUCAAUAACAACUGGUCCUGGAGGUCCAUCACCCUCAUCCAGGGCGUCCCAUCCUUCAUCCAGAUUGUCUUCAUCUGGUGGAUCCCUGAAUCUCCCCGUUGGCUCAUGGCUAAAGAACGACCCGAAAAGGCCCUCGACAUCCUCGCCAAGUACCACGCUAACGGCGACCGCAACAACGCCACUGUCCAGUUCGAGUACAAUGAGAUCAAGGAGACCAUUGCCAUGGAGUACCACGCAAAGAAGAACGGCAGCUACCUUGACUUCUUUAGGACCCGUGGCAACCGUUACCGUCUAAUGAUCCUCAUCUCGCUCGGCAUCAUCUCCCAGUACUCGGGUAAUGCUUUGUUCAGCAACUACUCCAACAUUAUCUACGAGAAUGCCGGUAUUAAGGACCAGGCCCAGAAGACUGGCCUCAACGCCGGCGAGAACAUGCUCAAGCUCUUUGUUGCCAUUGGCUGCUCUUGCGGUAUUGACCGAUUCGGUCGUCGUCCUCUCUUCCUGAGUGCUACCACCGGUAUGGUGCUCAUGUUCAUUGCGUGGACCAUCGUCUCUGCCCGUUUCGAGGCCACUGGUGAGACAGACAUCAAGCAUCUUGGCUACCCGCAAAUCGUAUUUAUCUGGCUCUUUGACGUCUCCUACUCUAUCGCCUGGUCCGGUCUGCUCGUUGCUUACGCUCUGGAGAUUCUGCCAUACCGACUCCGUGCUCGUGGUCUCAUGAUCAUGAACUUCUUCGUUCAGGUUGCCCUUACCAUUGGCAACCAGACCAACCCCAUUGCUCUAAAGAACCUUCCCAAUCAGUGGAACUUUGCCUGCUUCUACACAGCAUGGAUCACUGUCGAGCUCAUCUUUGUCUACUUCUUCUAUAUUGAGACUAAGGGACCUACUCUAGAGGAGAUUGCCCGGAUUUUUGAUGGAGAUGAUGCUAUUGUUGCCCAUGUUGGCUAUGGCGGUGUAGAGAAGGAGGCCCAGAUUGGAACUGAUGCGCUCAUGGAGCACCAUGAACGCAGGGAGGAGUCGGCUUAA